GGGUAGUGCGAUCAAUCCAUCAACGCAUUCAUGCUUAUUAUUUAUAAUUGUCAAUGAGAAUUUGAUCAUGAUGUAACAUGUACACGGUGAUUGGUGGAUCUCUUUCAUUGCUGACAGAAUAUCAACGAACAAUUCUUUGAUUGCUUACCACCGCCAGCCUUUCCUGCUCCUUCAACUAUCUGAAUCUUUCUCCUGAAAUCAUUAAUUUUUUAUUUAAAUAAAAAUAUCGAAAAUUAUGGCCCAUCUUUCUUACAAAACCUGAGACGUUCUUUUUGACAAGGAGAAAAUUUAAGGCAGGAGACUCGAGAGCGAGGAGAGAGAGGAGGCACAAGCAGAAACGAAGAAAAGGAUUUGUGUCUCCUCUCACCCAGCGAAGAAGUCUCAAGGGAGUCCUACAAUAAGAGAAGAUGGGAGAAUCCAUGGAAUUUGAGAGCAGCAGUUGGAUCUGGGAUGGGGUUUACUAUUACCCUCACCUGUUUGGGUGCAUAAUGCUGACGGCUGCCUUGCUGGGGCUGUCGACGGGCUAUUUUGGUGGAAUUGGGGUUCCCAGCUUCCCUUAUUUGUGGCCUGAUUUGGGAAUUUUCCAGAAGAAGAAAUGCGUGAAGAAACGCGUUCGGGUCUACAUGGACGGUUGUUUUGAUCUCAUGCAUUAUGGCCAUGCUAAUGCACUGAGGCAGGCCAAGGCUUUGGGAGAUGAAUUGGUGGUAGGAGUUGUGAGUGAUGAGGAGAUCAUAGCCAAUAAGGGCCCCCCUGUUCUGUCCAUGGAAGAGAGGUUGGUUCUUGUUAGUGGGCUGAAAUGGGUGGAUGAAGUCAUUGCCAAUGCUCCUUAUGCGAUAAACGAGCAAUUCAUGAACAGCCUCUUCAAUGAGCAUAAGAUUGACUACAUUAUACAUGGUGACGAUCCUUGCUUGCUUCCAGAUGGAACUGAUGCUUAUGCUCUGGCUAAGAAAGCUGGCCGUUACAAGCAGAUCAAACGGACAGAAGGCGUCUCCAGCACAGAUAUUGUAGGUAGGAUACUUUCUUCUGUAAAAGAUACAAAAGCUUGUGAAGAUAAUGAUGACACGACUUUGCAUAAAGGGUCUCAUAACACAAAUAAAAGUAGGGCUGAGGAAAGCCAUUCAAAGGCUGCCCACUUAUCUCAUUUUCUUCCUACUUCUCGAAGGAUUGUGCAGUUUUCAAAUGGCAAGGGACCUGGACCAAAUGCUCGUAUUGUAUACAUUGAUGGGGCAUUUGAUCUUUUUCACGCAGGACAUGUUGAGGUACUCAAGAAUGCUAGGCAGCUUGGAGAUUUUCUACUUGUUGGUAUUUAUGCUGAUCAGACUGUCAGUGAACAGAGAGGAUCUCACCAUCCAAUUAUGCAUCUACAUGAGCGUAGCCUUAGUGUACUGGCUUGCCGUUAUGUUGAUGAAGUAAUCAUUGGUGCACCUUGGAAAGUUACAAUGGACAUGAUAACAACUUUUAACAUCUCAUUGGUUGUGCAUGGGACAGUUGCCGAGAACAGUUCUAUAAUGACUGGCGGAACAGAUCCGCAUGCUGUUCCCAAGAGUAUGGGAAUUUUCCGGAUGCUUGAAAGCCCCAAAAAUAUAACCACCUCUUCAGUGGCACAAAGGAUAGUUGCAAAUCAUGAGGCAUACAUGAAACGUAAUGCCAAGAAGGUAGAGAGUGAGAAGAGAUACUAUGCAGAAAAAAAAUAUGUAUCAGGAGACUGAGAGCAAGCUUGGGUACACAUUCGGUUCAGUAGCUUCCUUCUCUGUUAGAAUUCUGCCUUCUGUUUUGCUGCAAUGAUAAAGAGAUGCCCGUCGUGUUGGUGUUGAUGUAUAUUAGCCCUGUACCCCUCCGUUUUAAGAAGACAAGGAAGAAAAGAAGGAAGACAAAAGGCUUAGGGUAUUCUCAUAGGAGGCUUUUCUUUUCUUUUCUUUUCUUCUUUUCCUUUUUACGUUUUUUGGUUGUACCAUUGUUCAUCACUUUGUUGUUCCUCCUGUGUGUCUCUCACCAGUGAAAUGUCGAACAAUAAUGCUAAUUUUAUUACGGUGGGUGUAUGCUAAUUUCUUUGCACCCUAUUCGGUGUUU